CCCAAACAAACGCCAAUAAUAUUAGUUAUACCAAAACUCUGACUAACGACAACACAGAAAAAAAAUAGCAAUAGCAAUAGCAAUAGCAAUAGCAAUAGCAAUAGCAAUAGCAAUAGCAAUAGCAAUAGCAACAGCAAUAGCAAUAGUAAUAGUAAUAGCAAUAGCAAUAGCAACAAAAUGAACACGAGUAAAAGAAGUAGUGUCAACGGCGAAGAUAUACAAGUGGAUGGUAGCAGUAAUGCUCCAACAAGGCUUUUUAAACCCAGUCAGCCUUCAGCACAUCUAUCCAACAUUUCACAAUUAACGAUGAAUGAUACCACAAUAAGUUCCUGUGACAAUGAUUUGUUAUUAGAGCCUCUUUCCUUUGAUGAUAAUCCUAACAUGAGCGGCUACGAUCUUUCCAAUUUAUCUGCAAAUGCGGACAACUUGAGAAAUCUAAACGCCUUACGUACCAGAGAUAACCUCACCGAAGACAACGACCAGGUUCACGACUAUUUGAACAUUGUUAAUAUCGAAAAUAAUCAGUUGACAUUAGACGACUUCAACCUCGAUUUAGGCUUGGAUCUGGAUUUGGACUUGGAUUUGGAUCUAGACGUGGACUCGACAUUGUCUUACUCCCCACCUACACAUUUGGAUACAAAAUGCUCUGUUCCAAAUUCUGCAAUCUCUGAUACAAAUACCAAUACUAAUUCAAACCUGGAUACCCCACCUUCAAAAAUUCUUCAUAAUUCGGACUUUUCCGUUGAUGAUUUGAAACGAUCGUUCACUAGAUUGAAACAAACCUCAGAAUUGAUAAAUACUGAAAAAGUUUAUAUAUGCUCUCUUAAAAUUCUUGAAAAAGUGUAUUUGAAUAAUUUCAUGUCUGAUACUUCCACUCCAAUUUACUUUGAUGUUUUUAAAAAAUGUGUCACUCAAUUGUUGAAAAGUCAUCAAUCACUCUAUGACGGCCUAUCUGAAAUAUACGAGGACUGGUAUCAGGACUCAGUGAACUUGUUUGAUACAGAAAAAGCGCACAUUGAUUCAAAUGCUCAGUCCCCUAAUUUUGAUAAAUUCAAUUAUGUAUCAAGUGAAAAAGAAUAUUUAGAAGCAAUCGUAAACUUGAUAGCGAAUAGUUCAAUAGAUGUUCAAACUUAUUCAACUUACUGUUCUUUGUUCCAAAGGGUCUUGAAUUUUUCUAGUUCCAAAGGAAUUGAGAGUUAUAAGCGUGAUUCAAUGAUUAUCUUGAAUGAUUAUUUUGUUGAUCAUAAAAAUUUAGAGGCAGAUUUGUUUAUUGAUCAACAUCUAGAUACUCGGUUUAUAUCUGUUGUUCAAAUGCCAACUAACAGAAUGGUUAGAUAUAAAUUAAUUUUACAGUCUUUACUAAAACACAUAGAGUUGGAUGAGAAAAAUUCUAUACAGUUGAAUUAUUAUGAAAAGACUAUGGAAAGGAUCAAUCUUAAAAUUGAUGAAAUCAAUAGCUAUGUGGGGAAUGAAGACAUGCAGCUACAGAAAAUCCAACAAUUCAGACUUUUCAUAAACAAAUCAAAUAAUUCUGUUCUACCGAAUAAGCUUUUUUUGGAAAACUUGGAGAAUUUACAUCUUGCAAGUUCGUUUGGAGUAGUAUAUGCUAUCCAAUCAAAGCAUCUAAUAUUAAAUCAUGAAUACAUGUGUGGGUUUUUGUUCAAGAGUCAUUUAAUUUUAGCCAAAUGCUCGUCAGUAACAUCAAACUCUAUAGAUAUAAAAUUUAUCAUACCCUUGAUGUCAAUAUUCGAAGAUUUCGAAAACACAUCUUCUCAUUUUGUCACAACUUACCCGGAUACCAUUAUUCUGAAAUUUGAAGAUAAGUUUAGUAUCUAUGAAGUCUGUUUGAUCUUUCCUGAUGAGAAAGAAAAACUUCUGUGGCAGGGCCAGCUUAAAGUAAAUCUGAGCAACUUAGUGACAUUAAACUCAAGUGUGAAUUCAAGUGCUUAUCGUAAAAGUGAUUUCCAGAAAAAUGAGUUCUUAUUUUCUGAUGUUCAAAGAAAUAUACUUUCCAUUGAUUUGAACCCCGAAAUUGACAAGUUUAACGUUACAUCUUAUAUUCCAAAUACAAUGAAUUCGACGAUUAAAUCUGAAAAGAACAACGUGAUUUACAAUCAUGAUUUUUUUCAGUUUGAAGUAGAUCAUUUUGUUUCAGAGCUCAACUCCCCCAAAAAGAUUCUGCGCAGCGAUUCGGUGACUUCACUAUCAAGUAAUAAUCGUACUGAAUCAUAUGAAAAUGACAAUAGUAGCAUCAAAACAAAAACAUCCACAAUUAAUGCACCAACUCAUAGUUCACCUGGCGGCAAAUCUCAACUUGUAAGGAUAGCUCUUCAAGAAAGAGUUUUUGCUCAAACAUGCAUAAAAACUGUCUGGUCUCCCCAAUUCCAGAUAUACACACUGAAUACUUCUAUCAGUCGUUCAUUGUCUAAUAUAUUCUUUCAUUCCAAGAUAUCAUUGCUAUCUAUGAAUAACACGCCCACCACCCCCGCAAGUAACACCUUUGUGCCUCCAUCUCCAUCUUUUGCUAAUAGUGGUGGAUCGCUGGGGUCGCCCAUAAAAUUAAGAAACGUGAAGUCGAUGAGAUCAGUUAGAGAGGUAUCCAGAAAACCUUCUAUAGCAGCAAGAGGAAAUUCGCUAGCUUAUUCCCCACAAUGUGGGAAAUCUUUCACUCCGGAACCCAUUAGAAAUGAGCAAAACAAAAUAGAAACAGGACUAGGUCAUCGUAGUCAUAGUGUGAGACACAGCAAUAGUCUUAGAAGUCUGUCAAGCUUUCUGGGUGCCUCUAGUUCUAGAUCUAUGGCUUCGAGCUCAACGAUAAACCAGAAAAGCCCAUCAAAUCUUAGAGGCUCAUUAAAAUCGAUAUCAGCACUACAAUCGGCACAGGCACAGGCACAGGCACAGGCACAGGCACAGGCACAGGCACAGGCACAGGCACAGGCACAGGCACAGGCAUCGGCAUCGGCAUCAGCAUCAGCAUCUACAUCGUUGGCAUCAACAUCAGCAUCAGCAUCAGCAUCGGCAACUGCGCAAGCCUCAGCAACCGCUCCACUGCCAUCUGCAAAGUUGGGAAAUAGUGUCAGUAAAUUUUGGAGAAGUUUUAAACAUACUAGUGCCAAAAAGCCUAGAAACUGAUUAAUUGACACUGAUCAGUCCGACAAGUAAUCUUGAAAUUAGUAGGGUUACAUCACAUUCAUCAUUAGAUAGGCAUUAUUUAUAAAUAAUUUUGAGUUAGUAAGAGUUAUAUAACAACUCAUGACCAUUUCCAUGACAGUUAUGUAGUAAAUCUUAUUUGUAUUUUGUAUGUAGUUAAGAGAUCA